AAAUGCUAUUAAAAUGUUUUGUGUUGAGCCAUAUUGAAUGCAGAUUUUAAGGUAUUUCUUAAACAAAAGCUAAGGCAAUAGAUGGUGGGUGUGCUAGCCAGUGCAUGUUUUCAGUGAGGCUGUAACAGCAUAUGCUCAACAGGUGUAAUCCGCUUUAAUCUGGUUUCUUACUGUGGCCAUGUAGAUUUGGAAGAUUGGGAGUGAAUGAAAGCGAAUAACAGUGUUGCUCUUUUAAUUAUUAUUAUUAUUAUAGGUUUAAAUCUUUAAAUUAUCUGUAAAGUAAUUUAAUUACGUGGAAAGAUAUUCUAUUUGGAUUUAAUUAUUGGAUUGAGGGUUGUAGAUUACCAACCCACAGUUUCAUUACACUGGGAAGAGAAGAUACUGGAGUAAACAACCCAGCUAUUUCAUGUAUCGGGAACAUCGAUAAUCAGGUGUUCACUAUGCUCACCAGCUUUGUGGAUGGAAUAUUCUGUUGCUUUACAGGGAAGUCUACUAACGUUGUGGUCCCUAUUGAGUCUUCCGAGCCCACCGAUGGUUUUGAAUUUGUUGAAGUAAAGCCAGGAAGGGUUCUGAGAGUUCGGCAUAUUAUCCCAGACAGACCAGUGGUUGAGGAGCCAGGGACUGGGGAAGGGGGUACGGUCAGCUGCAAGCGCAAAAUCUCAGUGUACCGAAAUGGACAGCUUCUGAUCGAGAACAUCAAUGAAGCCACCCCUCCAGAGUUGGUCCGCUAUCAGAAUGGAGACAGCACUGUGGAUACAGAUGUUUCCAAUUGUGAGGCUCCCCCAGCAGCCCAGGCUUCUGAACCCACACCGGGGUCGGCGACCGCAGGACAGGCUACGGAUAUCAUACCUGCACCUCAGCAGAAUCUGCAACCAGUGCAGCGUAGACGGCGCAAACCCAAACGCUCCAUUGUGAUUGACUGCGAGCGGAAGAUCACAUGCUGCAAAGGUGCUCACCCUGAUGUGGUCUUGUUUUUCAUUCAUGGAGUCGGGGGGUCAUUGGAUAUCUGGGGAAGCCAACUGGACUACUUCUCCCAACUUGGUUACGAGGUCAUUGCCCCAGACUUGGCUGGACAUGGUGCAAGUUCAGCUCCUCAGAUCCCCGCUGCCUAUACCUUUUACGCUUUGGCUGAGGACGUUAGGAUCAUCUUCAAGCGAUAUGCAAAGAAGCGUAAUAUUUUAGUAGGACACUCUUAUGGUGUUUCGUUUUGUACCUUCUUGGCUCAUGAGUAUCCGGAACAAGUUCAUAAAGUUGUGAUGAUUAACGGUGGAGGUCCUACAGCACUCGAGCCCAGUCUCUGCUCUGUUUUCAACUUGCCCACGUGUGUCCUUAAUUUCCUGUCCCCGUGCCUCACCUGGAGCUUUCUCAUGGCUGGAUUUGCCCAUCAGGGAACGAGAGAAAAGAAACUACUAAAAGAGAACAAUGCCUUCAACGUGUCUUCCUUCGUUCUACGGUCCAUGAUGAGUGGACAGUACUGGCCGGAGGGAGACGAGGUUUACCAUGCUGAAAUCACAGUGCCUGUUCUGCUGGUUCACGGCAUGUACGACAAGUUUGUACCAGUACAAGAGGACCAACGUAUGGCAGAGAUCCUAUUGCUGGGGUUCCUGAAGAUCAUAGACGAUGGAAGUCACAUGGUCAUGAUGGAGUGCCCUGACGUAGUUAAUACUCUCUUACAUGAAUUCUUCCUAUGGCAGCCAGCAACCGCCUCAAAACCCAAGCAGGAAUCAGCCCCCACAAAGACCACUACUACCAAACCUCCAGAGGACACAAGACCAAAAACCGCCCCAAAGUUACCCUCCGAAUUUCAACCAGACUUGACAAGACCAACAACUGCACCCAAAAGCAUUCAUACUGGGACAGAGGCUUACAGUGGACAUCAGAUCUAAGGUUGUGAAAUAGCUGGUCUACCAAUUAACAAGUGAUGGUAUACAUUUAAAGUGUUCAAUUUGCUCUGCUCUUCCAUGUGAACCAAAUGUAAUGGAAAUGUUUGAAUGUAGGAUGUCAUUGUAUAUUUACAAGUUGGUGUAUGACUGCAGGAAACACAUUAAAGGAACAGCUCAGAUGGAUGUUUGUCCCAGAGCAGAAUGGGUUUUACUUCCUUUCGAGUUAUAAGAUUACCCCUUGAUGUUUUUUUAAUAUAAAUACCAAAACGCAAGCCCAUUCAACUAAAUUAUUUGUAUUCUCUGGGAUAUGUAAAUGGGAUAAGACGUGCAAUGAUAUUGUCAUCCCAAGUGUGAUAAGCUUGAAAUGAAAUAUUCAAAAUUCUGUAAUUUAAGACUUACUGGAAGCAUUUACUGUAAAUAGAUGAUCUAUUGUAUGUAUUUAUUUCAGGCUGUUACUAGCCUUUAUUUUAUUUGACCGAUAUCAAAUGUCCAUUUCUGAGUUAUUCAGUGGCAGUAAACAAAAGAAUAUAGUUCUGGCCAUGUAAAAGCAUUUUUUUAAACAUUAGUUUAGUCUUUUACUGUUUAAAGUAUUCUAGCCCUGUCUUUGAAAUAGUUUAAAAGGUGGUCGAAAAUAAAAAGCUUGAUCUUC